UUGUGUGUGGGAGCAACAAAUAAUUCACUAGUUGAUCAACUGUCGGGUCGAAAGGUUGUGUUUCCCGGUGGUUUGGUCAUGCGACAAUUUCAACUGACUGGAUUACUUCUUGUUGAAAGUGGUUCUUCUGUGAACGCCAUAGUUCUUGAUGACAAAGUGCUUCAUUAUUGUGCUCUGUUUGAGUGGUGCAAUUGGCUCACACCACAGAAAUUCUCUCCGCGAUUCGACACUAUGUUCUAUUUUGUGCGUCUGGACUCAGUCACACCUACUUCAAGCACUUGUCAUCAGACGUGGCGGAGUCGCGAAGCAGAAACGAUGUAUUUAGGCAAACCACCUGCGUUCCUGCACGAUUCCACACGUGCACUAGUUCCACCACAAAUGUAUGAACUCGGUCGGUUGUGCCAAUUCAUCCACUUAGACAAACUGACUGAAUUCGCUCGGCACCGAGCAAUAGAUUGUACAAUCGCUGGACAACGAUGCACAGUGUAUUUCGUCCCCGGUGAUCAACGAUAUGAUCAGAUCAAAAAAGUAACGCAUCCUAAAUUGAAACCUGGUGACCUGGCGUUGGAUGAGUUGCGCAACCGACUGGUGAUUUCUGCAGACGCUCCCACUGUGCACACUCACAUGCAUACAAAAUCCCCACUGAUUUCACUUUUUGUCCCACAAUCCGGUACCACGACUCUAUCGAGAAAUUGUGCUCCGCUAUUCUGA